CAGCAUCAGUCAGCUCUGAGCAGGAUGAGAACAGCUUUUGCUGCUAUCCUCCCUUCUCGUCUCCUCACCUCUCAGGACCGCCUCACGUGAAAGACGCUUUGAAGCCUCCGUAUCUGCAUCGAGUUGAAGACCAGACCUAAGGAUUGUGCUUGUGCUUUGGAGUUUUUACAGUCUGCUGUUGCUUUUGACACAGAUUCUACAGGUGUGUGUGAGCGUUUGACUCUUCAAGAAUCAUCUACAGGUGUGUAAACCUGCCUCAGGGGAUCUAAACAGGUGUGAAAGUUUUGGGACUAGCUUGACGAUGACCACCAUGCAGAGGUUGCUCCAGCUGCCGGUGAACGCUGUGAACAUGGUGAAGAGUGUGCAGUCAGGCUCUCAGGGCCAGGAGGAGGCUCUCAGCCCGGUGCUGACACCCGAUAGCGGCCCGCAGAACUGGUACAGCGCCGUCCAGCCAGAGGAACUCCGACACCUGAGAUCUGGGGGCACGGGCGGCGGGGGGGAGGGGUCAGAGGAUCGACCUGGGCUGGAGGAGGGGCUUACCAGCCUUCAGUCACAACCUUUACGACACGAUGACUUGAAGGAGAUGCUGGACAGUAAUAAAGACUCCUUGAAGCUGGAGGCCAUGAAGCGCAUCGUAGCGAUGAUCGCCCGGGGGAAGAACGCCUCAGAUCUCUUCCCUGCCGUGGUGAAGAACGUGGCCUGUAAGAACAUCGAGGUGAAGAAGCUGGUGUAUGUGUAUCUCGUCCGCUAUGCUGAAGAACAGCAGGAUCUCGCUCUGUUGUCCAUUUCCACCUUCCAGAGAGGACUGAAGGACCCCAACCAGCUGAUCCGUGCGAGCGCCCUGCGUGUGCUGUCCAGCAUCAGAGUGACCAUCAUCGUUCCCAUCAUGAUGUUAGCCAUCAAAGAGGCAGCGUCUGACAUGUCUCCAUACGUCCGCAAGACCGCAGCUCAUGCCAUACCCAAACUACACAGUCUGGAUCCAGAUCAGAAAGAUCAGUUGAUUGAAGUCAUCGAGAAGCUGCUGGCUGAUAAAACCACACUGGUAGCAGGCAGUGUGGUGAUGGCGUUUGAGGAAGUGUGUCCGGACCGCAUCGAUCUGAUCCAUAAGAACUACCGUAAGUUGUGUAACCUGUUGAUUGACGUGGAGGAGUGGGGUCAGGUGGUCAUCAUCAACAUGCUCACGCGCUACGCCAGGACGCAGUUCCUCAACCCCAACAUCAACGAAUCUCUGCUGGAGGAGAACAGCGAGAAGGCCUUCUAUGCCUCUGAUGAUGAGGAAGAUGAAGAUAAGAAAGACGAGGUGGCCACUCUGGCGAAGAGGAAGCUGUACGUGAUGGACCCCGAUCACAGACUCCUACUGAGGAACACCAAACCGCUGCUACAGAGCCGCAACGCUGCUGUGGUGAUGGCAGUAGCUCAACUGUACUUCCAUUUGGCUCCUAAAGCAGAGGUGGGCAUCAUUGCUAAGGCUUUGGUCAGGUUAAUGCGCAGCCACAGUGAAGUGCAGUAUGUCGUGCUUCAAAACGUGGCCACGAUGACCAUCAAGAGACGAGGAAUGUUUGAGCCAUAUCUGAAAAGUUUUUAUAUUCGCUCUACGGACCCAACGCAGAUCAAAAUCCUCAAGCUGGAGGUUUUGACGAAUUUGGCUAAUGAGACGAACAUCUCCACCAUCCUGAGAGAAUUUCAGACGUAUAUUAAGAGCAUGGAUAAGGAUUUUGUGGCGGCCAGCAUUCAGGCCAUUGGUCGCUGUGCUACAAACAUUGGCGAGGUCAGAGACACCUGUCUGAAUGGACUGGUACAGCUGCUGUCCAAUAGAGAUGAGUUGGUUGUUGCUGAAUCAGUGGUGGUGAUCAAAAAGCUUCUGCAGAUGCAGCCUGAACAGCAUAGCGACAUCAUCAAACACAUGGCCAAACUCAUUGACAACAUCCAGGUGCCCAUGGCCCGAGCGAGCAUCCUGUGGCUGAUCGGAGAAUACUGCAAACAUGUCCCCAAAAUCGCCCCCGACGUCCUGAGAAACAUGGCCAAAACCUUCACUAACGAGGAAGAUAUUGUCAAGCUGCAGAUUAUCAAUCUGGCUGCCAAACUGUACCUUACUAACUCAAAACAGACUAAACUGUUGACGCAAUAUGUACUGAACCUAGCGAAAUAUGAUCAAAACUAUGACAUCAGAGAUCGUGCCCGGUUUAUCCGCCAACUCAUUGUGCCCACUGAUAAGAGCGGUGCUCUUAGCAAAUACGCAAAGAAGCUCUUCCUUGCACUCAAGCCUGCUCCUGUCCUGGAGUCUACAUUUAAAGACAGAGAUCACUUCCAGCUGGGGUCACUGUCUCAUCUGCUGAACGCUAAAGCCGGCGGAUACCAGGAGCUGCCCGACUGGCCCGAAUUGGCGCCUGACCCAUCCGUGCGCAACGUGGAGGUUAUUAGGCUGCUCGAAAGAGUCACCACUUUAACCAGCAUUCCAGACUGGAGCAAAUGCACAAGCCGGAAGAAUCGUAAGGAGAAGAAAGUAGAGAAACCAUUCUACUCCGACUCAGAAGGAGAAUCUGGUCCAACUGAAUCAGCAGAUAGCGGUAACUGUGGUGAACGCUACAUCUUGUCAAUGGGAAAAUGUACUUAUUAUCCAUAUAGGAAACGCCUGUAUCAAAACAACCUCCCAAACAAUCCAAAAAAGAGAACAAGAAGGAGACGCAGGAAAUGUCUUUGCUGGAUUUUGGAUGACUUUGAACCAGCUCCAGCAUCGGCUCCAGUGACUCCAGUUAACUUCAUGUCCAGUAGUCUGGUGUCUGAUCUGGAGGGUUUGUCACUGACUGACACUAUUUUAGCACCUACAACAAUCACUCCUUCUGGUUCGAUAAAGAUGUAUGAGCUCCUACAUCGUAUAACAGGUGAGGGUCUUGCGGUUGAGUAUUGCUUCAGCCGGCAGCCCUUCAGUCCAGACCCUAACAUGGUGGCCGUCCAGAUCCAGUUUACCAACAACACCAACUCUGAGACCAAAAACCUGCACAUCGAGGAGCCCAGGCUGCAGUCUGGGAUGAGGAUCCGCGAGUUCGCUGAGAUAGACGUGUUAGCAGCAGGUGAAUCGGUUACUGUGGUGAUGGGCAUAGAUUUCUGUGAUUCUACACAAGCAGCAAACUUCCAGCUGUGUACUCACACCAGCAAGUUCUUCGCUUCCAUCCAGCCGCCUGUCGGGGAGCUAAUGACACCAGUGUUUCUGACAGAAAAUGACUUCAAGAAGGAGCAAGGUAAACUGAUGGGAAUGAAUGAAAUCUCAGAGAAGUUGACACUGGGAGAGAAAUGCGUGAACGAACAUGCCAUCGUUGAGAGAGUCACAGCCACCGCCAACUUGACCAGAGUACCAUGCGGUUCAGAUAAAGAGUGCAGAUUUGCAGGUAAAACAGUGAGCAGCAGUUGUCUCGUGUUGGUCAACGUCUCUACGAAGGAAGGCGGCGGAGCUCAGCUGACGGUGAACUGCGAGAAGAUGUUGAUCGGCACAAUGCUGGUUAAAGAUAUCAUGCAGGCCCUGUCGCAGUGAUGGCGCCCCCUACAGUCAACACCCUCCUACUGCUGCUUACCGCAUUGAGUCGCAUCUCUGUGUAGAUAUUUUCCCAAUGUGGACUGGCUUGUAGCAUCAAAAAAAUACUUUGAACUUACAUUAGAACAGCAACAGUAACAUUCACAGCCCCUUAAUCAGGAUGUUCCUUUUAUUUUCCUCUGUUGAAUGUUACAUGACAUCAAAGACAGUUAGUAAAGACAGUUUUACACCAUAAAUUCUCCCGAAUGAAUGCACAAACCUGUGUCAAUUUCAAUUUAGAAGCUCUGUUGGAUAAACAGUACAUGGCUGACAGUUUUUGGAUACCAGCUUGUAUCCAUCUGCUCAGUGAAACAAGUUUAAUAAUCAUCUGAGUGAUUCAUCAGUAGAAACCCUGCGCGGUUUAUUUUUAGUGUUUAUCUUUCACAUUUUCUGAAUGUAAUGUCUUACAUCUGAUGCCAGACCGCAUUCCAAAUGACAACAGCAGAUUUUUUUCCAGAAACCACUUCAAAACUUGUUUUGAAAACAUGAACUUUGUUCAACUCUCUAAAACAUGUGCAUUUUGGUUUCAUGUUGGUUUUAGCAAAAUCAAAAGCUCCAAAAACCAUCAGGAUGAAUUCGGUCUUCAACAUCUCUUUCCACUAUAAUGUAUGUCUUAUCUGUAUUUGCGAAUGUGUAACUGCUGAAUUUAGGACUAUAGACUGGUAUAUCACUCAACAUCCAUCAGCUUUUUGUUCUCUUUAAGCUCUCAGAAGAAUACAGUAUCUCACAAUCCGGUUAUUUUAGGUAUUUUAAUGCAGUCUGGAGCAGUUGAUCCUGUUGAAGACACUGUUAGUAGUUAGUUUUAGACAUUUUAUAGUUAUGAUGAUGUGCUUGAUGGCAUAAACCGGAUCUUCCUUCCCGGAAAUCCAGCUUUACUGACUCAUCUCUGUGUGACUGUGGGAAAUCAUUUGUUGUUUGAAUAUUAAUUCUCUAUUUAUUAUAAAGAGUUUUAGAUGUCAAUAAAAGAGAACUUGCACACUAAAA